AUGGAGCCAGCACCUGAGGAGGCCGGAUCGGCAUCUAAGCCGCACCACCCCUCCUCCCCACACCCAGAUAUUCAACCCACCCCCGCACUCCGACCUGAGACCGAUAACACCAAUGACGAUCCUAAUUCAACCCCCAAGACAACCACACACAGCGGUCAUGGCACGCCCCAGAGCUCAGCUUCCUCUACAACAUCCCGCCCCGUCUCCGCCGUAGUGCCCCCCUACUGGCGCCGACACGAGCGCAAUGCCUCACACGCCUCACAGUCAUCGCUGCACGGCGCUGCUCGCAUCACUCUGGAAGAUAACACUGCCGACCCGAACUCGGAGACAAGUCGUGGGCUCUGGGCGAGUAGCGUUGCUAUUGAUGAUCAUGUUGUUGUGCGGGGUAUGACUGGGGUGGGAUCAUAUGUUGUCUGGAACUGUAGGAUACAGACACUUGAUGGAGGUCCGAUUGUUAUCCGGAUGAGAUACUCCGAGUUCGAUGACCUGCGCCAGCGGUUGGUUGAUUCCUUCCCGCAUGCGAGAAGUGCAUUGCCUGCAUUGCCGCCCAAGAGUGUUAUCUAUAAAUUCCGACCCAAGUUCCUAGAAUCAAGACGUGUGGGGCUGGAGUAUUUCCUCAACUGUGUCCUUUUAAACCCGGAAUUCUCGGGCUCCCCUAUCGUCAAAGACUUCCUCUUCGGUCGCAUGUGCUGA